AUGUUUAUCUCUGCGCCUUAUAUACCGCAUGUAUAUGAUGUUAUGUUAUCGAAAAACGAGUCACGAAAGUUGGGUUUCAUUUACCCUGCCUAUUAUGGCGUUGAUCAAGACAAGUAUUAUUACUAUAUAAUAGCUCACAUGACAUCUGGGGGCUUAGUGGUGUUUUUCACCUUUAUCUCCUGCGACACGAUUUACAUGAAUAUCGUGCAACACGCGUGCGGAUUGUUGUUGAUUUCUGGCCACCGUUUCAAGUGGGCAAUCGAAGAGAUGGGUGGUAACAAUGAAAAAUUGAAUCCCACGAUGCUAGAGGGUAUACACAGAAGAGUGUGUCAAUCGGUUAAGGCACAUCAGCACGCCAUAAAUUACAUUGAGAGGAUUGAAGAAAUGCACCAUACAUACCUGUUCAUAGUGGUGCUAGUGGUUGUACUGGCGUUCAGUAUCACCCUACUAAGGGCGUCCAUGAUGGACCCUUGCGUGGAGUUCUACAAAGAUUGCGUAUUCUUGGUGGUGCAGCUCGUUCAUUUGCUUUUCCUUGCCAUACAGGGACACUUCGUUACAGUCUCGCAUGACCAGGUUUACGAUAGUAUGUACGAUGCAGUAUGGUACAACAGUACGCCAAGAACGCAAACUUUGUACAUGCUAGCUUUGAGGAGGACUUUAACUCCACCACUGCUCACUGCAGGAGGACUGAUUUCGUUGAAUUUGGAAACUUUUUCGAAGAUAUUAAAAACUUCUGUUUCCUGGUUCACGGUAAUAAAAUCGACAGUCAAGCCGGAGGACUGA